AUGGCGAAUCAGGCGGGGUUCGAUACCUGGUGGCUCAGUUCGCAGUCCGCUUUCCGGCAAAACGGAACGGCUGUGGCCAGUAUCGCCAUGCGGGCCAGAAACAGAAUUUAUGUCAGAGGCUAUGAUGAGUUACUGCUCCCACACCUGGCUGAAGCUCUGAACAGUAAUCCGGGGAGCAGGAAACUGAUUGUUCUGCAUUUGACGGGCAGUCAUGAGCCAGUCUGCAGUAACUGGCCUAGAGAUAAAGCCGUGUUUAAACCGCUGGAUACAGAAGAAGUCUGCUACGAUAAUUCCAUUCAUUAUACCGACAGUUUGUUGGGACAGAUUUUCGCCAUGCUGGAAACGCGUCGGGCAUCAGUCAUGUAUUUUUCAGAUCACGGUCUGGAGUAUGACCCGACAAAAGAACAUGCCUAUUUUCAUGGUGGAAUAAAACCCAGUCAGCAGGCUUAUCAUGUUCCGAUGUUUAUCUGGUACAGCCCGACACUGGGAGAGCAUGUCGAUCGCCAGACGGUGAACAGUGUUUUUUCCACUGCGUAUAAUGAUUAUCUGAUUAAUGCAUGGAUGGGCGUAACCAGACCGGCUCAACCGAAAACACCAGAGGAGGUGAUUACCCGCUGGCAGGGGAAAUCAGAUGUUUUUGAUGCAAAGUCAUAA